AUGGUGGAGCAGCCCAGUGUGCCCUCUGGUGAGACGAGGAUCAGAGAAGAGGAUCAGAGACGAGGAUCAGAGACGAGGAUCAGAGACGAGGAUCAGAGACGAGGAUCAGAGACGAGGAUCAGAGACGAGGAUCAGAGACGAGGAUCAGAAAAGAGGAUCAGAGAAGUGGAUCAGAGAAGAGGAUCAGAGAAGAGGAUCAGAGAAGAGGAUCAGAGAAGUGGAUCAGAGACGAGGAUCAGAGAAGUGGAUCAGAGAAGAGGAUCAGAGAAGAGGAUCAGAGAAGUGGAUCAGAGACGAGGAUCAGAGAAGUGGAUCAGAGACGAGGAUCAGAGAAGAGGAUCAACAUCGGUGGGGCUGACAACAGAGCAAGAGAUGAGAAAACACUUGGUCUACUUUCUUCUGGCCCUCGUGCUGAUACAUACAGGCACAGCCAGCAGUGUGAUCUCUGUGUCUCACACACAGGACAGAGAGCAUCUGUCUAUUACCUGUCGUCUCCUGUCGGAAAACGACACUGUUUCUCAGAUCAACUGGGAGAUGAUCAGCAGUCUCAACCAUACCACUACCAAACUGAAAAUGGGCACCUUCCAUCCCGUGUUCGGUACCUACGUGGUCCCAGAGUACAACGACACUGUGAAGAUCCAAAGUAGUGCCUCCAGCCGUAGUUCCAGACUCGACCUGAAGGAAGACGCUGUGGAGGAGGUCAGCCAACUCUGCUGUGUAUUCAUCACGUUUCCCUCUGGGGUGCUGGAGCACUGUGCACAUACCCGGAUCAAUGAAAACACUGCAGAGGCCCAGGAGUCAGAGGAUGCACAGCGGCUGCUAGGGGAAAGAACUUUGGAACAGUGGUCCCUGUUGGUUGGAGGCUCUACCAUCAGCAUCCUGAGCAUUGUGACCUCACUGUACUACUGCUGGAAGUACUGCUGCAGACACUGCUGUCACAGGAGGCGAAUGUUUGAGGUAGAGGCGUAUCUGACAGAUCAACACACAGAAUCAGAAGGGGUCACAGAGGAGCCCCCCCAGCAACCCCCUCUUCCCUCACCCCCCCAGCCUCAGCCCCAGGGUUUUGACCCCUCCAAGCUCUAUGCUAAGAUCAAGCUGGACCUGCUGUAUGGACGGCUGUGGAAGGCCUACCAGGGGACGGCCACAACCUGGGGCCCCACAACACAGCACGGGCCACAACAAGGGCCACAACAAGGGCGACAGCAAGUGGCAGAGCCAGGGCCACAGCAAGUGGCAGAGCCAGGGCCACAGCAAGUGGCAGAGCCAGGGCCACAAAAGAGGGAAGAACCGGAAGAAUCCGUUCUACAACUAGAACCAGAACAUCAACCACCUCUGGUAGGAAGAGAGGAACCAGUGACAGUGACUGAGCCUGAAACUGAGUCUGAGCUAAUACCUCCACCAACCCUGCAUCCUGGGACACAGACGGAGGAGAUGGAGUCGGACACUGGUUUAUGAGGGGAGUGUGUGUGUGUGUGUGUGUGUGUGUGUGUGUGUGUGUGUGUGUGUGUGUGUGUGUGUGUGUGUGUGUGUGUGUGUGUGUGUGUGUGUGUGUGUGUGUGUGUGUGUGUGUGUGUGUGUGUGUGUGUGUGUGUGUGUGUGUGUUGGGAUGAAUAAUGUAUUGUUGACAUUGGUUGAAACUAUCUGUCAAUUAAUACGAUCAAUCUUUAUUGUCCCAGAGGGACAUUUAGUGUGAGAAUAUUCAACUCAUCUGAACUUUUAAACAGAGUUAAGGGUUUAAUGACCUUUGGCUUUUUAAAGAGACCUGUUAUUACAAGGAGUGAGACAGUGUAUGUUUGUGGCUUUCUGUUGAAUAUAACUGAGUUAUACUGAUUCAUGACCAAUAUACAGUAUAUAAAAUAUUUUUAUGUUGUACUUAACAGUUUUGCUUAUUUUGCAACAACAUAUUUCAUUGUUCUACUGUAGGCGUAUUACUGAAACCCUCUGAAUAUCCUUUUGCUGUAUACUUAAAUAUACUUUGUAUACUUUUAUUUCAAUAAAAAAAUCGGACCAUC